AUGUGGUCAUCUUUACCCAGUGCAAGGCACCUGCCGAAGACUAUUCCUCACCUCCAUGUGCGUAUUCAGAGUUACCCUUUCAAAAUUCAAUGUGAGAUAGGAUUAAGAAACAUUGAAAACCAACCACACUAUUAUUCUGAGUCUCUGCUAGUAGUCUGGAUCCGGUCACUGGCUCACUUGGUUUGGGCUUUAGGCACUGGCCAGCAGUUACACAAGGUCAAUGCGCACGCUGAUAUACACACAGGGAACUGGAGGAGAAACCUAGUGAUCACUACUGGGGAAAUGUCUCCAGGAUCUCAGAAAACCAGUCUGCCCCGCGCGGCGGGCGGGGGCGGCCUGCUGGGCGCCAGCUUCAAGUCUACGGGUUCGUCGGUGCCCGAGCUGGAGUACGCGGCGGCCGAGUACGAGCGGCUCAAGAAGGAGUACGAGAUCUUCCGGGUCAGCAAGAACCAAGAGCUGCUGUCCAUGGGCCGCCGCGAGGCCAAGCUGGACACCGAGAACAAGCGGCUACGGGCCGAACUGCAGGCACUUCAGAAAACUUAUCAGAAGAUUCUUCGGGAAAAAGAAAGUGCUUUAGAAGCAAAAUAUCAAGCAAUGGAGAGAGCAGCCACAUUUGAACAUGACAGAGAUAAAGUUAAAAGGCAAUUCAAGAUUUUUAGGGAGACCAAAGAAAAUGAAAUUCAGGACUUAUUGAGGGCCAAGCGAGAGCUGGAGAGCAAGCUUCAGAGAUUACAGGCUCAGGGGAUCCAAGUAUUUGAUCCUGGAGAGUCGGAUUCAGAUGACAACUGUACGGAUGUUACUGUUUCUGGAACCCAGUGUGAGUACUGGGCCGGUCGAGCCCUGGGCAGCGAACCCUCCCUGGGGAGCAUGAUCCAGCUUCAGCAGUCCUUCCGAGGUCCAGAGUUCGCGCACAGUUCUGUAGAUGUGGAAGGGCCCUUUGCAAAUGUCAACAGAGAUGACUGGGAUAUUGCUGUAGCUAGUUUGUUGCAGGUUACUCCCUUGUUUUCACAUUCUCUGUGGAGUAACACUGUCAGAUGUUACCUCAUUUACACAGAUGAAACCCAACCUGAAGUAGAUCUUUUCCUAAAGGAAUAUUCACCUAAACUUAAAAGAAUGUGUGAGACAAUGGGAUACUUUUUCCAUGCUGUUUAUUUUCCAAUAGAUGUUGAAAAUCAGUACCUCACUGUAAAAAAAUGGGAAAUUGAGAAGAGCUCUUUAGUUAUUUUAUUCAUUCAUUCUACUUUACCAAGCCUUUUGUUGGAAGACUGUGAAGAAGCUUUUCUGAAAAACCCUGAAGGAAAACCACGAUUAAUUUAUCAUCGUUUGGAGGAUGGUAAAGUCAGUUCUGACUCUGUCCAGCAAUUGAUUGAUCAAGUGUGUAACCUCAACAAGGCCAACAAAGCCAAGAUCAUUGAUCAUUCAGGAGAUCACGCAGAAGGAGUAUAUAAAACUUACAUUUGUGUGGAAAAGAUUAUUAAACAGGACAUACUGGGCUCUGAGAACACAGACCUGGAGACUAAGGAUCUGGGCCCUGAAGAGUCCGUUCCAGAAGAGGAUGAUUUGGGGGAUGUUCUGUGGGACAUACACGACGAGCAAGAACAGAUGGAAGCUAUUCAGCAGGCCUGUAGUUCAGCCCACGAUUUGGGUUUCGAGAAAUAUUAUCAACGCCUUAAUGAUCUAGUGGCAGCACCAGCCCCGAUUCCACCCCUUCUGGUGUCUGGAGGACCAGGUUCUGGAAAGUCCCUUCUUUUAUCCAAGUGGAUUCAGUUGCAACAGAAGAGUUCCCCUAACGUGCUGAUUCUUUCUCAUUUUGUGGGGAGGCCCAUGUCAACCAGCUCAGAGUCCUCCUUGAUUAUUAAACGGCUGACUCUAAAGUUGAUGCAGCACUCCUGGUCAGCGUCUGCACUGACGCUCGACCCCGCGAAGCUGCUGGAAGAAUUCCCACAUUGGCUGGAAAAACUCUCCGCUCGACAUCAAGGCAGCAUCAUCAUCAUCAUUGAUUCUGUAGAUCAGGUUCAGCAAGUGGAAAAACACAUGAAAUGGCUCAUCGACCCGCUGCCUGUGAAUGUCCGAGUGAUUGUCUCUGUGAAUGUGGAAACUUGCCCUGCUGCCUGGAGGUUGUGGCCUACACUUCAUCUCGAUCCCUUAAAUCCAAAAGAUGCAAAAUCUAUUAUAAUUGCAGAAUGCCACUCAGUAGACAUUAAGUUGAGUAAGGAGCAGGAGAAGAAGCUAGACCGACACUGUUGUUGUGCUGCCACCUGCAAUGCCCUGUAUGUCACCCUUUUCGGCAAAAUGAUGGCACGUGCAGGGAAAAGAGGCAGUUUAGAUAAAACCCUUCAUCAGUGCCUGCAGUGCCAAGAUACUGUUUCCCUAUACAGACUUGUUCUACACUCCACCCAGGAGUCCAUGGCAAGUGAUGUGGAGAAAGAGCUAAUGAGACAGGUUCUCUGCCUUCUCAAUGUUAGUCACAAUGGUGUGAGCGAAUCAGAACUGAUGGAACUCUAUCCUGAAACAUCCUGGGCCGUCUUGACCUCCCUCAUUCACAGUUUACACAAAAUGUGUUUGUUGACCUAUGGCUGUGGCUUGCUCAGGUUUCGGCAUCUGCAGGCCUGGGAAACAGUGAGACUAGAGUACAUGGAUAAUCCCACUGUUAUUUCUUCAUACAGGCAAAAGCUAAUCAGCUAUUUCACCUUGCAGCUGAGUCAGGACAGAGUGACAUGGAGAAGCGCGGAUGAGCUGCCCUGGCUUUUCCAGCAGCAGGGAGCUAAGCAGAAGCUGCACGACUGCCUUCUCAAUCUCUUCGUGUCUCAAAACCUUUACAAAAGAGGACACUUUGCUGAGUUGCUGAGCUAUUGGCAGUUUGUUGGCAAAGACAAAAGUGCGAUGGCAGCAGAAUACUUUGAUUCAUUGAAGCAGUAUGAGAAGAACUGUGAAGGCGAGGAGAACAUGAUUUGCUUAGCUGAUCUAUAUGAAACACUAGGGCGAUUUCUCAAGGACCUAGGCCUUCUCAGUCAGGCUGUGGUGCCUUUGCAGAGGUCUCUAGAAAUUCGAGAAACGGCUCUAGAUCCAGAUCACCCAAGAGUAGCCCAGUCCCUUCACCAACUGGCAAGUGUGUACGUGCAGUGGAAGAAGUUUGGCAAUGCAGAACAGCUAUAUAAGCAGGCCUUGGAGAUCUCAGAAAAUGCUUACGGUGCAGACCAUCUGCAUACUGCUCGAGAACUUGAGGCUCUUGCAACUUUGUACCAAAAGCAAAAUAAAUAUGAGCAAGCUGAACAUUUUAGGAAAAAAUCCUUUAAAAUUCGUCAGAAAGCUACAAGGAAAAAAGGCAACUUGUACGGAUUUGCCCUUUUACGCAGACGGGCCCUGCAGUUAGAAGAGCUUACGUUGGGUAAGGACACACCUGAUAAUGCCCGGACCCUCAAUGAACUGGGUGUUCUCUACUAUCUUCAGAAUAACCUAGAAACAGCUGACCAGUUUUUAAAGCGUUCUCUAGAGAUGAGGGAGCGCGUUCUAGGACCCGAUCACCCUGACUGUGCCCAGUCUCUGAAUAAUCUGGCUGCUCUGUACCAUGAAAAGAAGCAGUACGAUAAAGCAGAGGAACUCUAUGAGAGAGCUUUGGACAUUCGGAGAAGAGCCUUAGCUCCGGAUCACCCUUCGUUAGCUUAUACAGUGAAGCAUCUUGCGAUCUUGUAUAAGAAAAUGGGGAAACUUGACAAAGCUGUACCUUUGUAUGAAUUGGCUGUUGAAAUUCGGCAGAAAUCCUUUGGCCCAAAGCAUCCUAGUGUAGCUACUGCCUUGGUGAACUUAGCAGUUCUUUAUAGCCAAAUGAAAAAGCACAUUGAAGCCUUGCCAUUGUAUGAAAGAGCAUUAAAGAUUUAUGAAGAUAGCCUGGGUCAGAUGCAUCCUCGAGUUGGAGAAACAUUAAAAAAUUUAGCUGUGCUUAGCUAUGAAGAAGGGGAUUUUGAAAAAGCUGCUGAACUGUACAAAAGGGCAAUGGAAAUAAAAGAAGCAGAAGCAUCACUCUUGGGUGGGAAAGCUCUUUCGAGACAUUCAUCAAGUGGAGACACUACUAGCCUAAAAACGACUCAUUCUCCUAAUGUUUUCCUUCCUCAAGGACAAAGGUAACAGCAGCAACAGUUCUUCACAAAUGUACCUUAGGAUAAAGUAAUUAAACGUUUGGAGCAUUAGAAUUAAAAACUUAAAAUAUUUUUUAAAAAAUUUAUUUUUACUGAGUGUUCCAUAACUGGCACUUGUGUGAAGUUGCAUUGAACCGAGUUGAACUUUGAGUUGUGAUUGUGUCACUUGUACAGUCAGUGGGUAUAGACACAUUUGCACUCUAAAAUGACAUAAACGGAUCAUGAGGAGUGUGCGAAUCUGGUUUGUCUGAGCUGGCAUAGCAGUCGAGAGCAGGAGCUCCCUGGUUCUUUUCUCUCAAGUGUAACUUCAGCGUUGGCAAGUUCAUUCCUUGUUUUUUUCUCAUCAGUGGUCUGGCCUAGUUUUCCGUCUCAAAGGAAAGUUAGAAGAAUUAAAUGGAUAAUGCUCAUGAAAGGUUUGAAUUGUCAGCAGUGAAACAAACUAGCCACAAGAAUUUCUGAUUGCUACAUUAUUUUCUUACUCUUUUUAUGCUACUUUUUCCUCAGCAGAUUGGGCCCAGGUCCUUGUUACCUGUGCUCUCUUCAUUGUCUCUUAUUUAUUACCAUUAUGAUACCUGCAUAAUGUCUAACGUCUUAUGGGCAGUAAUACAGCAAGCUCUUCAGCAUUCUUCCACCUUUCCCAAAAAUGUACAUGGUUGGGGUUGGCUGUGUAGCUUGGCAAAAUGCUUGUCUGGUGUCCACAGGUUCUGGGUUAGAUCUUUAGCGGACAUGCAUGCACACACACAAAGAUGGGACAUUAUCUGCUUUCUUAAAACUCUCUUCAUUUACCUCAAAUUCAAAUUAGUCUACCAUUUUUAUACUGAAAGUUAGGUAUUUUUAUAGUUUUUAUAAAUAUUGUUGCAUUUGGAUAUUGUUUUUAUACCAUUUAU